GACAGCGAUCUGCAAAUCUAGCCGCAAAAUCCCAUAUUGGUCUGCUUGUUUCCACUUGGGUUACUUCAUAAACUGUAUUGCAAACUGUGGGUGUGCAGUUUUUACAGGGGGGAACAGAUGAAGAACAGAGCACCUGUGUUGUUGAAGCAGAUCAUAGCUACUCUGAAGUCAAUGGCAAAGUCCAAAGCCUUGGCUCUGAAGACGAAGACAAACGCCAUCAAGGCGCGACUGAUCAUAUUCUCAUUGCUGAGGAAUAAGAAGUUUCUGAUGAGCUCUAUUUCCCACAAAAUGCAAUCCGUUCUGGGCCAUCAUUCCCAUCCCAAAGAAGACAGCUUUCUGGAGGGUAGAAGAGACCAGAGCAAGGCCAUGGCGAUCCAUGACGACAAUGACCACUGCUACGAGGCUAUUCCCAGUCCCAUGGAGACGAACUUGGUGGAGGGGAGAAGUGAGGAUGGGUAUGAAAGCUGCUAUAGGUACGAGGAGGAAGAGGAGGAUGAGAAGUACCCGGAUUUGACCCAUACUCUGUUUGACUCGGAGGAUUUCGGAGGCUCUGUUAUUGAUAUGGUGAAGAAUUCGAAGGAGGAGGCAGGGGAAGAAUUCAAACUGGAGGACGAAAUUGACCAUGUGGCGGAUUUGUUCAUCAAGAGGUUCCGCAAGGAGAUGAUGUUGCAGAAGCAACAGUCAAUCAAGAGGCAGCAGGAGGAGAUGUUGAAGAAUAACGUUGGAUGAGUUCUAGAGUCACCCAGAUAUAAAUCAUCGUUAUUGGGUUAAGCUCCUGUUGGUGUUUGUGAUAGAACUCAGAUUACAGAAUAAGGAAGACCCACAAGCAGGGGUUAUAAUGCGAAGAGUUCUGAUGCUGAUACCGUAGAAGACGAGAAGAAUUGAGAAGUCUCGUGGGCGUGUUCUUUCUUUCUUUUAUACGAAUGAACAGUUAACAGUUGGAGAUAUACUGGGAGUGCCAUAGCAGCUGGGGAUGGUGUGAUUAUAGUGGUUUGGCUCUGUAAAUCCAUUACCAUGAAAGUCGUGUAUAGAGCGCUAAAACCAAAUCCUAAGUAAGAUGUACAUUUCUCAUAUCAUAUGGAUUUUGGGAAUUUGUAAUAACUGUACCAAACACAAGCAUGAAACUUGGCUGUGAAUUGAGGAAGAAAAGGAAAAUCCAUCUGCGGAAGGGGCCAAAGAAAAAAUUAGAAGCAAACAUAAUCAUUUGAUAAGGAGUAACGGCUCCCUCCACUGAAGUUCCUUUUUUC